AUGAGCAUGCUUGAUCGUGGACUUACUCCUCAACUCGAUAAUAUCUCUCUCCAUCAUCUGCUUCUUGAGGUGAAUGCAGUUUCCGGGACGGAUGCUGGUUCGAUCACUCUCGCCGCCAGUCUAUGGUUGAAACAAGCAAAUGGAGAUAUACGGCAACUUUCAGAAACCUACUCUUUAGACCUGCCCACCGCUGAAACUUUCGCUACGUUGGUUAACAACACUAAGUUGAAGACCCUCUUUACGGACUUGAGUGCCACUGAUAUUGGAGAAGGAUCUAACUCCGAUUCGAAGCUGUACCUUGUCAUCAAGGCCUUGGGAUCUGAGUCACCUAGGAUCAAUGCACCACCAAAAUCUCGGUCAUCGAGCUCCCGUGAUGGGUCCUUAUCAAAUAAAGUGGCUUCGGGUAUCAAUAGCGCCGGAAAGGGUAGCUUGAAGGCCAGGCGUAGUAUGAUGUGGGGCGCCAAAUCUAGAGGUUUAGGUCCUGAAAUUGGAAAAGAGCAAUCAAGACAUCCACCACAGUCGAGCGACUCGGUCACAGCCAAGCCCAGCGAAACUGAUACCCUCGGUAAAGAGCGCACAGUUAUUAGAGUAGUGGGGCUUGGAGCACUGGAUAUAAGCGCCAUAGCCAAGCAAGGUAGGGAGGUCGAGCAGGUCGUUAAUAUCUGGUCCCCCCUUCGUGCAAACGAUGAAGAGGAUGACUACUCUGAUGGCUUCGAUGAGAUCGUACGGUCCCUUCUCUAUAGUCCGACGAAACAGUAUGUGAGAUCGCUUCGCGCGGCAAGGGUCCAUGUACAGCUCCACCCAUUCACUAGCGAAGAUGCUGAGACGCUUGUACGAAACAACCCUACUUCCCUCCAUAACGUCACACACACAAAACGAAUAGGAUUUUCCGGAGCGCCAACUAAACCGAGAUCCGAUAUCUACGUCACGAUAAAUCGAGCAACCAUCUCACAAGAGGCCCUGCUUUCUCAUCCGAUCAACUGUCAGGUUCCGGUCCCGCAGGUUACUGGUUUACGGAACCUCCAGUUGACCCUCGAAGUCCGUAAUACUUCAGGAGUACGGAUUGAACGUUGUAUCUACCCUUCCUCCAACGGACCAGGCCAAACUGCGUGGAGAACUACUGUUGCAGAGAGAGGCGCCCCUUGGAACCAAACGAUUAGAUUGAACAUUCCCCCAGAUCAAGUCUCCACUGCGCAUCUUAUUAUGAGCAUAGCUGAUGCCCCUGAGUUUCUCUUUGCUUUGAGCUGGAUGCCUCUGUGGGACCAACAAGCAUUUAUUCGUGACGGCUCUCAUUCCUUGUUAUUGCAUGCUUACGACAAGUCUACAUCAAACAUUGAAAAUGUUUUCAAUGACUUGGUCACUGUCCUUGGUAUUGUGCAUGACCGUCGAUUUAACCUUGGGCCUUUGGUCGACCACUAUGCCGAAAAACAGUUCAACUUCCCGUUUGCUACUCCAUGUCUGAUUCGAAGCUAUUGCCGCCUUCUUCAAGCGACACCGGAUUCACAGCAAUCUCGUAACCUUCGUGCUGCCUUCAAAGUUGGACGACAUAUUCUAAAAUUCAUCAUUAACGCCAGGGAACAACAGAAAGCAAAGGAGGAAGGCAUCGGCAUCACAAAGGUUCAAUCGACCUUCGACCGAGAUUUACAUUUCAUCUUUAAGUCUGUGGAAGCUCUCAUGCAAAACCCUGCUCCUAUACUGGUCGGCAGCAAGACUCUGGUUGUACAGCAUUUCCAUACAUGGUUGCCCGAACUUUCAAAUGCGCUGACCAAGGAAGAGAUCAUUAAUAUUGCUGUGAGCUUCAUGGAUUCUUGCGAGGAUGUCCAGAGCAUGCUUAUCCUUUAUAGAUUGGUUUUGAUCAUUAACUAUAUCCGGCUUCCCCUGUUCGAGAGCCCAAAAGACAGAGAAGCGUUAUUCUCUCACUGUGUCGACUGGCUCUCUCCAUACUGGGGACGGACAGACGAUGCUACUGACCAGUAUCGAGACCAGGUUCGACUCUGUUCGUCAAUUGUAGCGGAGCAACUAAAGCAUCCGUCCCCCGAAAUGUACGCAUACAUGCCCAAGGCUGUAGCAUCAUAUUGCGCUCUUGUUGCCGAUGGUGUCGAGGGAACGAAUUGGCUAUCAAUGCUGUUUAGCAAAACUUUCCCAUUCCAACUCAAACAGUCCAAUGUGACACAGAAAUUCGAGGAGAGUCUUGUAGAACUUGCAGCCAUUAUUGCGUCGCUCGCAACAAUACCCAAUCCGACCCCGCUAUCGUUGAAGGGCGAUGACCUAGCCGUGUUCUUGUCACAGGCGCUCGAGACCCAUAAAUCCAUCCUUAGCUGUGAAGCGUACCCUUCAACGUGGCUGAGUCUACAUAUUUAUCAUCACAGAUCGACCAUGAAAAGCUUAGAAUAUCUAUUAACGAUGCUGAUCAGCUCUUUUCUUCCCACGCCAGAUGACGCGGAUAAUUUUGACAUGGAACUAUGGAAAUUAUUUUUCGAGACUCUUCUGAAACUCGUCUCAAGUGACGCGCUCACCCUCGAGACAUUCCCAGAGCAAAAGCGUCGAGCCGUGUGGAAAAUUGCCGGUGAUGUGCGCGAGCACGGUGCUGAUUUGUUACGGAGAGCAUGGGAAGCAAUCGGUUGGGAUACAACUUCGGAAGAACAAGAGCGCUAUCUCGUGAAAAAGCUGGGCGGGUACCAAGUUCAAUAUGUCCCUAGCCUCGUUUGUCCUAUUAUCGAACUCUGCCUCAGUGUCCAUGAAGGUCUCCGGCAUGUCGCCGUUAUGAUCCUGCAGACAAUGAUCGUUAGCGAAUGGCAACUCAAUGAAGAUCUUUCAUUCGUGGAAGCUGAGAUAAUCUCCAGUCUAGACCUGUUAUUCAAAACAAAGAAUGUCAGUGAGAGUGGGACUCAGAAACUGUUUAUCAACGAGCUGCUGGACCUUUUUGAAAUAAACUCUUCAAAUCCGGAUGCAGACCUCCUUGUGGCGUUGAAAGAACUCGUUGCAACUGUCGACGAAUUGCUGGAUCUUUUGGUUGCAUCUCAAAAUGGUAAUAUUACGGGGAGCCUCAAUACCCUGAAGCUUAUGGAGUUUAUGAAAGACAUGGAAAAGGAGGAUAUAUUUAUUCGAUACGUGCACGAGCUUGCUCUUAGACAAAUUGCGGCGCGUAAUUACACUGAAGCAGGCCUUGCGCUUCAGUUCCACGCGGAUCUUUAUGACUGGGAUAUCUCCAAGCGGGUGCCUGCGCUGACGAACCCCAUUUUCCAGGAACAGACGUCCUUUGAGCGGAAAGAGGCUUUGUAUUUUGAAAUCAUUCAACAUUUUGAGGAUGGCAAAGCUUGGGCACAUGCACUCUCUUGCUACCGGGAACUUGCACAUAAUUACGAGCACACCGUACUUGAUUUCUCCAAACUUUCAAGAACCCAGGCAUCGAUGGCAAAGAUUUACGAUGCCAUUGUCAAAGACAACAGUCAAUCUAAAAGAUAUUUCCGUGUUACAUUCAAGGGUCUUGGCUUUCCGGCUACCCUCAGGGAUAAACAAUAUAUUUUCGAAGGCUCUCCAACUGAUAGGAUGGCGACGUUUACUGACCGUAUGCAAAAACAAUACCCAGCCGCCCAUAUCGUGUCUUCGGAUGAUAUAGACGAUCUUGAGGGACAAUUCUUGCGAAUUUCUGCUGUCAGUGUACAAAAAGAUAUGACUCACCCUGUCUACCAGCGAUCUAAGGUGCCCUAUUCAGUCCGAGAACAUUUGCUAUCCUCAGUGCCUUCCCAAUUUUCAAUAACCUCCAAACGACACAUCAGUGGAAAUGAUGUGAAGGAACAAUGGGUCGUCAAAACUGUUUUCACAACAGCUGAACCCUUCCCGAAUAUACUUCGGAGAAGUGAAAUCAUCUCGGCGGAGGAAAUUGCCCUUACCCCUCUCCAAACAGCAAUUGAGCGAACCUGGCUCAAAACCCAGGAGCUCAUGAUACUUGAGAGGCAAGCCUCGUCUGGGGAGGACUUCAAUUUGACAGGCUUAACAGAAGUUCUAAGCCGCCUUCUUGAUCUUGAGUCAUCUCCUUCAAGCUGUGUUGCGCUUUAUCGACAAUUUAUAGUAGACGAGAGUAAAGCCUAUAUGAAUUUAGAAGAUGGUGGGACUGAGGAGCAGGCUCCACACCCCGCCAAUCCUCUGAACAAUGCAAUGGCUGUUGCUUUGAUCGAUCACACUCUUGCACUGAAACGUUGCCUCGCAUUGUACAAUCGUCCUGCUUACCGAGCUACUCAGGCGGAACUUAGCAGCCGUUUCCAGGUCGUGUUUGCCCCAGAGGUUGCCUCUCUUACUCCUGUCUUCAGUGCUCCUGAAAGUGGAGAACCACUUAGCCUUCUUAGCAGUCGCCCUGAACCGCUAAUUGCUCCUCGACCACAGCCUUUAACCCAACCCCGUUCCACCAGCCCCGAACAGGAACUCAUCCGCGGUACGCGUCGGUUUGAAACCCCUUCCGCUACUAACAAAUCCCACGAGAAAACCAUCACCACGCACCGGAUCAGUCUGAAUCCUUUCAAACGUUCCAACCAUUCCGCCACUAACUCAAACUCUACAAUCACUGCCUCUACCAUUAACGAGGCACGACGGCAAUCCGAAUCUAAGCUGAACGGCACCCACACAUCGCGCCCGUCGACUGCAAAAACGGAGGCCACGGACACCGUAUCCGUCGGACUCAGCCGCUCUGCUAGCCGUCGGUCACGCAAUAGGAACCGCGACUCCGGGUCAAAGCGACGUAGCUGGUUUGGUGGUGGCAGUGGAAUCGAUGUGCGCAAGAAUAGCUUAUCGGUCUCUGCGCCUGCGACUUCUACUGAAGAUAUUCGCACAACACAGCAACGGAUAACAGAACGUGCGCGAUCCUCUCGAUCACAAGAUGAGCAAAAUGGCAAUAUUGCCCCCCAGCCCUCUAAUGCGGAGAACAACGACAACGUUGGUGUCAGUAACAGCAUUAGCAAUGCCGCUACAAAAGGCCGUGGAACCAAGAGCAGCAACAAUAAUAAAAACAAUUCUACAACCGCGAGUGCGAGUUCCAAUAAUAACGGUCGCCUGGUCACGUCGGAACGGCUUGUUACAAAAGUGACAAUGCCGGCGCCGACGACUAUGACUACGACGGGUCAAAAUAACAAUAGCAAGCAUACCGUUUAUAAUUCCCACGGAGCGAAUGUUGGCGCCAUGGUGACAGCAGAUGUUGCCGCUGCUGCAUCUGUUGCUGAUAGUAACGGUGGUGGUGGAGUUCGAGAUUCAAUGAUGAAACGACUCAGCAUGUUGAAAGUUGGGAGGAAGACGAGUCGAUAUAAUGUGCGGGAUGGGGUUAGGGCCGGGGAGAUGUUGCGAGAGGAGUGA